UCCCGCCCAGAAGCCGCGGCGCGGAGGAUGAGCCGGGCGCCGGGCGGCCCCGCGACACUCACCGGGAGCUGGGAGGGCGGCGAAGGGCGCCCUUGAGGCUUCUAGCCGGGCCCGCCCUUGGCGUCCCCGGAGCGCCUCGGCCGGAGCCCGCGCUUUGCCCAGCAGGACCCGGAGCGGCAGCUGCCAAGCCGGAGCCGGGACCAUGGCCGCCGAGUCCCGCGUGAAAAGGCUGGCCACGACCCUGAUGGAGGCCACGGGCGACAAGGAUCCCCUCGUCCAGGAGCAGAUCUUCAGCGCCCUCUGUGCUUUGGGCCAGGCGGAGCCCGAGGAGGUCUUGAACGCUUGCGAGGAGCACCUGCGGCAGCACGAGAAGCUGGCCCACCCCCACCGGGUCAUCCUCCUGAGGGCCAUGGAGGCCGUGGUGAAGAGCAGCCUGGCUCAGCUGGACAAGAGCACGGCCAAGGUCGUCAUCUUCUUGGCCUCCAGCGAGAUGACCAAGUCUAAGGAGGCUUUCCCAGAGUGGCAGCAGGCCGCCAGCACCGUCCUGGUCGCCGUGGGGAGGCGCUUCAUCAACCAGGUCAUGGAGGAGAUGCUGACCAAGUUCCAGCCAGGGGUCUUGCCCCACUGCUUCGUGGUGCUGACCUUCGCCAACCUCUCGGUCACCAACGUGUUCGGGAUGGUCCCCUUCCUCAACUCCAUCCUGGGGACGAUGCUGCCCAUGCUCCCCAUGGCCAGGCAGGACAACAUGAAGUCCGUCUUCUGCUACGCGCUGCAGUACUUCAGUGAGAGCAUCCUGGAGUACCUGGCCAACCUGGACAAGGCGCCGGACCCGACGGUGAGGCGAGACACCUUCUCCAGUGAAGUCUUCAGUGCCUAUGAGGUCCUCUUCAACUGCUGGCUGCCGAGCAGGGAGGCCAAGGUGAGGCUGGCCGUGGUGGAGGCCCUGGGGCCCAUGAGCCACCUGAUGCCCAGUGAGAAGCUGGAGGAGCAGCUGCCCCGCCUGAUCCCGGGCAUCCUGGCCCUCUACCGGAAGCCGGCAGAGGCCUACUACCUCUCCAAGGUGGGCUGGCGGGCAGGGCGACCCCCGGGCGGGGCUGGCUUGGACCGAGGGGGGGCCUGAGGGGGAGAGGGGGAGUCCUCGGCCCUUGAAGGGCGCAUCUCCCUUGGCCCUUCAUGUGCCCC